CAUGAUAGAGGGCGCAGUAGCAAUGACCUCUGAACCUAAAUCGGAAAGCGAAAAAAUGGCAGUAGUUGAAUCUGGUCCUCCUGCAAUUAUUCGUCGAAAUAAGCCCGGCACUAAGGCGGACGAAUUUUAUAGCUGGCCAGAAGAAUCAUUUGAGGAAAUGGAUAGUACAUUGGCAGUACAACAGUUUAUACAGCAGAGUAUCAGAAAAGAUUAUGCUGAUGUUGAUUCUAUAUUACAUCCUCCUGAUAGCCAAGAUGAAGGUGUUUGGAAAUAUGAACACCUCAGACAAUUUUGUCUUGAGCUGAAUGGAUUGGCUGUGAAGUUACAGGCUGAAUGUCAUCCAGAUACCUGUACGCAGAUGACGGCAACUGAACAGUGGAUAUUUUUAUGUGCCGCUCACAAAACACCUAAAGAGUGUCCAGCUAUUGACUACACAAGGCAUACAUUGGAUGGGGCAGCUUCGUUACUUAAUAGCAACAAAUAUUUCCCUAGCAGGGUUAGUAUAAAGGAAUCAUCAGUAGCUAAACUAGGAUCAGUAUGCAGACGUAUUUAUAGAAUAUUUUCACAUGCUUAUUUUCAUCAUAGGACAUUAUUUGAUGAAUAUGAGAAUGAGACUUAUCUUUGUCGGCGAUUUACAACCUUCGUGGUGAAGUACAAUUUGAUGUCUAAAGACAAUCUGAUAGUGCCAAUCUUAGAAGAGAUUCAACAAGGAGAAACUGAUGCCUAGUUGUCAAUAUUUAUUUGUUUGUUUUUAUUAUUGCAUUACUUCUUUAUUAAAAACUGUACAUAUCUCAAAA